CUAUGCGACAAAGCGCUUUUAAACAACUGACUGCUUCUGUUAGGACUGCUAGAAUUCAGCGUACAGGAUAUUUUAGUCAAAGAUUGGGAUUUUCUACUAAUGCGUUGCAAUGCUCAUCUGUAAUGUCUGCGCUCCGUAUUGCGUCAUGCCAAUACCAGAAAAAACAAUGGCUUCAUUCUACCAACUGUGCUGACCAAUCCGCCCCCAAUUCAAAUAUAUCUGCACCUGGGGUUGGAAUUUCGGAUGCGAAAGCUACUUCUACAUCCACUACUGUUUCUCCUCGUCCAAUCUAUCUGGAUGUACAGGCUACUACACCAAUGGAUCCUCGAGUUCUUGCCAAGAUGAUGCCUUAUUUUACAGAAAUGUAUGGAAACCCUCAUUCUCGCACACAUCAAUUUGGCUGGGAAUCCGAAGCUGCAGUUGAAGCUGGUCGUGCGGAAAUUGCAAGUCUGGUUGGGGCUGAUCCAAAAGAAAUCAUUUUCACAAGUGGAGCCACUGAAUCUAAUAAUCUGGCCAUUAAAGGUGUUGCCCGAUUUUACAAGAGCAAGAAACGACAUAUUAUCACUACUCAAACUGAACACAAAUGUGUUUUGGAUUCAUGCCGUGUGCUUGGAGAAGAAGGAUUUGACAUUACAUUCUUACCUGUUCAGACAAAUGGCCUUGUUGAUCUCAAGGUUUUGGAAGCCGCUAUUCGACCAGACACUGCUUUGGUCUCUGUAAUGACUGUUAACAAUGAAAUUGGUGUUAUUCAACCCAUCAAGGAGAUUGGACGUAUCUGCCGCGAACACAAGGUUUUUUUCCAUACUGAUGCUGCUCAAGCAGUUGGAAAGAUUCCAAUCGAUGUCAACGAGAUGAACAUUGAUCUUAUGUCAAUUUCUGGACACAAGAUAUAUGGCCCCAAAGGGAUUGGAGCACUUUAUGUUCGCAGACGGCCUCGUGUUCGUCUUGAACCACUUAUUUCAGGUGGUGGCCAAGAACGAGGUCUUCGUAGUGGAACUGUUCCCACUCCUCUUGUUGCAGGUUUUGGCGAAGCAUGCAGACUCGCAAAGUUGGAAAUGGAGUCCGACUCCAAACGCAUCAAGAAGAUGUCUGACCGUCUUAUCAACACAUUAACUUCCAAAAUCCCGAAUGUUAUACGAAAUGGAGAUCCUGAUUCGACAUAUCCAGGCUGCGUGAAUCUGUCAUUUGCCUAUGUUGAAGGCGAGUCCCUUUUGAUGGCACUUAAAGCGAUUGCUUUGUCUUCAGGGAGCGCAUGCACGUCUGCAUCUCUUGAACCCUCAUAUGUCCUUCGCGCACUUGGUGCUGAUGAUGAAAUGGCACACUCUUCAAUUCGAUUUGGUAUUGGCCGCUUUACAACUGACGAAGAGGUCGAUUUUGCGAUUAACGAGGUGUUGCAGCAUGUUGAACGGCUGCGUGAAAUGAGCCCGCUAUGGGAGAUGGUUCAAGAAGGUGUCGAUCUUAAAUCCAUUAAUUGGUCCCAGCAUUAAAUUUUGUUUGCAGUGUACUAUUUGAAUGCAUUAUCUACCGUCCGUUUUCUUUUUAGUUUGGUUAUGCAAAGAAUUGUGGU